UUCCUCUAUCAAAAUUUUCCUCCUUCUAGUGGAUGAAACCUACCCUCUCCCUCUCAUGCUUCUUCUUUCUUAUUACUACUAUUAUGCACACUUCACUUCAUUCUCCUUCCUCUGAACUCUGAACACUCUUUCUCUGCCUCAUUUUUUUUUUUCAGUUUCUACUUUAGACCUAUCCAUUUCAUAAUACUACUUUGGGUUAUAUAUAUAAACCCAUUAAGGACCUUUUUCUUUUCCCUCUUAUCCAAUCAUCCAAGUACUAUAAAAACACCUAUUUAUAUAUAUAUAUAUUGCUUUGAAACUUUGAUUGUUUUUUCAAUUCCAAAGGAGUGGAAAAUGGCACCAAGAAACAGUCGCGGAAAGGCCAAGGGAGAGAAGAAAAAGAAGGAAGAGAAGGUUCUUCCGGUUGUCAUAGACAUCACUGUGAAGCUUCUCGAUGAAACUCAUGUUCUCAAGGGAAUAUCAACGGACAGAAUUAUAGAUGUUCGUCGGCUUUUAUCGGUGAAUACGGAGACGUGUUAUAUCACAAAUUUUUCCCUGUCGCAUGAGGUGAGAGGGCCACGUCUGAAGGAUACGGUGGACGUGUCCGCACUGAAGCCCUGCAUCCUCGAUUUAGUUGAAGAGGAUUACGAUGAAGACCGAGCAGUGGCGCACGUGCGAAGACUCCUCGAUAUCGUCGCCUGCACCACGAGCUUCGGUCCGCCGUCGCCGAAGAACGACUCCGGUACCGUCCAGAAAUCCGGCAAGUCCGAGGCGCCGCCGUCGAAGCAAUCGGCGAAAGAUGCGGCGGCGGCCGACCUGGACGGCGAGAUAAGCCACUCGUGCCCUAAGCUGGAGAACUUCUACGAGUUUUUCUCUCUCUCACACCUCACUGCACCAAUCCAAUAUGUGAAGAGAGGUUCGAGGCGGCACGUGGAGGAGAUAUCGGAGGAGGAUUAUCUGUUCUCGCUGGAUGUGAAGGUGUGUAACGGGAAAGUGGUGCACGUCGAGGCUUGCAGAAAGGGGUUUUACAGCGUUGGGAAGCAGCGGAUACUGUGCCAUAAUCUGGUUGAUCUGUUGAGACAGCUUAGCAGAGCUUUUGAUAAUGCUUUCGAUGAUCUCUUGAAGGCAUUUUCAGAACGUAACAAGUUUGGGAAUCUCCCAUAUGGCUUCAGAGCCAACACGUGGCUUGUUCCUCCUGUUGCUGCACAAUCACCCUCAUCUUUUCCUCCUCUUCCUGUGGAGGAUGAAACGUGGGGAGGAAAUGGGGGUGGUCUUGGAAGAGACGGAAAGUAUGAUUUGGUUCCUUGGGCUAAUGAGUUUUCAUUUAUUGCAUCCAUGCCUUGCAAUACAGCAGAAGAAAGACAAGUUCGUGAUAGAAAAGCAUUUCUUCUGCACAGCCUGUUUGUUGAUGUUGCCAUUUUCAGAGCAAUAAAGGCCAUCAAAUAUGUUAUGGAAGAGCCCAAGUUUAGCUGCUCAAUUGUAGAAAAUAAUAUUAUUUACACUGAGAGAGUAGGUGACUUGAAUAUCAACGUCUUGAAAGAUGUUUCUGUUGCAAGCUAUAAGAUUGAUACUAAAAUUGACAGAGUUGAAGCUACUGGAGUAAAUCAAAAGGAUCUACUAGAGCGAAAUAUACUGAAAGGAAUCACUGCUGAUGAAAAUACUGCUGCCCAUGAUAUUACCACUUUAGGUGUAAUUAAUGUAAGAUAUUGUGGUUAUGUGGUCACAGUGAAAGUUGAGCGAGGAGUUAAUGAAAAUGUUGACUCUCCAUCUCAACAAAAUAUUGAAUUGUUUGAUCAGCCAGAGGGUGGUGCCAACGCGCUCAAUAUUAACAGUCUGAGAUUACUUCUUCACAAUACAACUCCACCAGAAAACAAUAAACCAAUGUCUCAGAUACAAACAUUUGAGAGUGAAGAGUUUGGUGCUUCCCAUGCUUUUCUGGAGAAGCUGAUUAAAGAAAGUCUUGCUAAGCUUGAGGAAGAAGAACCAGGUAUUGACUAUUUUGUAAGAUGGGAACUUGGAGCUUGCUGGAUACAACAUUUGCAAGACCAAAAUAAUACAGAAAAAGAUAAGAAACUAUCUUUGGAGAAGGCUAAGAAUGAAAUGAAGGUUGAGGGUCUUGGGAAACCCCUUAAAGCCCUAAAGAAUUAUAAAAAGAAAUCUGAUUCUAGCAAUACUAAUUCUGCAACUGAAUAUUCAAAGUUUAAUCGGGAGGCUGAAAGCCCUCCAUUUCCCUCAAUUGAAUCCCAACUUGAAACUACAGAAGCUGAGAAUGAGCUUGUUCUGAAAAGGAUAUUAUCUGAGGAAGCUUUUACCCGAUUAAAAGAAUCGGGAACUGGACUUCACUGCAAGUCUAUGCAUGAUUUGAUUAACUUAUCUCGAAAAUAUUACACAGACGUUGCUCUCCCAAAAUUGGUAGCCGAUUUCGGCUCAUUGGAACUCUCACCAGUUGAUGGACGCACUCUAACUGAUUUUAUGCAUACUCGGGGUCUACGAAUGCGUUCUCUUGGACAUGUUGUCAAGCUUUCAGAAAAGCUUUCACAUGUCCAAUCACUUUGUAUUCAUGAGAUGAUAGUUCGAGCUUUUAAGCACAUCCUGCGGGCAGUAAUUUCUGCUGUUGACAAGGAGAAAAUGGCUUCAUCAAUUGCUGGUGCAUUGAAUUUGCUGCUUGGUGUUCCUGAAAAUAGAGAAUUAGAUAAAUCACGUGAAGUUCACCCAUUGGUGUGGAAAUGGCUAGAGUUGUUUUUGAAGAAGCGAUUUGAUUGGGAUCCUAACAAGUUGAAUUACAAGGAUGUGAGGAAAUUUGCAAUUUUACGUGGCUUGUGUCACAAGGUGGGAAUUGAGCUUGUUCCAAGGGAUUUUGAUAUGGAUUCCCCAAUUCCCUUUCAAAAAUCUGAUAUUGUCAGCUUGGUCCCUGUUCACAAGCAAGCAGCAUGCUCAUCUGCAGAUGGAAGGCAGCUCCUAGAGUCAUCCAAAACUGCUUUAGACAAGGGAAAGCUUGAGGAUGCAGUUACCUAUGGCACAAAGGCUCUUGCUAAGCUGGUAGCAGUUUGUGGUCCCUAUCAUCGGAUGACAGCGGGAGCCUACAGCCUCCUUGCUGUAGUUUUAUAUCAUACUGGAGAUUUCAAUCAGGCUACAAUUUAUCAACAAAAAGCUUUGGAUAUCAACGAGAGAGAGUUAGGUCUGGAUCAUCCUGAUACCAUGAAGAGCUAUGGGGAUCUUGCUGUUUUCUAUUACAGACUUCAACACACCGAGCUGGCUCUGAAGUAUGUGAAGCGUGCUUUAUAUCUUCUGCAUCUAACAUGUGGCCCAUCUCAUCCAAACACUGCUGCUACUUACAUUAAUGUGGCUAUGAUGGAAGAAGGUCUGGGAAAUGUACAUGUUGCUCUCCGAUAUCUUCACAAAGCUUUAAAGUGCAACCAAAGAUUACUUGGUGCAGAUCAUAUUCAGACAGCUGCAAGUUAUCAUGCAAUAGCAAUAGCACUUUCAUUGAUGGAAGCAUAUCCAUUGAGUGUCCAGCAUGAGCAAACAACUUUGCAAAUUCUGCGGGCAAAACUUGGCCCUGAUGACUUGCGCACACAGGAUGCUGCGGCUUGGCUUGAGUAUUUUGAGUCCAAGGCUUUUGAACAGCAAGAAGCUGCUCGAAAUGGUACUCGAAAACCUGAUGCAUCAAUAGCUAGCAAAGGCCAUCUUAGUGUGUCAGAUUUGCUUGACUACAUUAAUCCUAAUACUAAAGGGAGAGAUGCAGCAGCAAAGAGAAGAAGCCAGAUAACAAAGGUGAGAGCAACGUCUUACCCAAACGUUGGGAUGUCAAGUUCUGAUGAAUCUUCAAAAGAAAUUCCAAAAGAGGCUUCAGAUGAAGAGGUACAAAUACCCAUACUAGUAGGUAGUGCAGAUUCUGAGCAGGAAAACAACUCUGGACCUGAUUUGGAACAAGCUAUUUUGAAACAAAUAUCGGACGAAAAGCCACAAAUUUAUGAUGAAAUCUUGUCUGAAGCACAUGCUGAAGGAGAGGAUGGAUGGCAACCAGUUCAAAGACCAAGAUCAGCUGGCUCAUAUGGCCGGAGACUGAAGCAGAGACGGGCAACACUUGGCAAAGUUUAUAGUUAUCAAAAGAAUGUGGAAGUUGGCUCAGAAUCUCCUUUUGUAAGGAGUCCUAAUCCGAGUAGUAGGUAUUAUUUCUUGAAGAAGCGGACAAUUUCACAUGGGAGUUAUACAGAUGAUCAUACCGUAAACAUCACCCAAGGUACUAAAUUUGGAAGGAAAGUAGUCAAAGCUGUUACAUACAGGGUCAAGUCUGUGCCCUCAACUUCCAAGCCUUGUGUAAAUGAGAAAUUAGAAAAUGGGGAUAAGCUGCUCAGUUCUCUUCCAGAACCUGAUCCAACUGAUGCUAAUCCAGUUAAGAAGUCUAUUGUUAGUCUUGGAAAGUCUCCUUCAUACAAGGAAGUGGCCUUAGCUCCUCCAGGGACAAUCUCUAAGUUUCAGGUCUAUAAUCCUCAAAGUGAGAUUUCUGUUAGCAGUGAGCAUGAUGGUGGAAAACAUGAAGAGGAAGAUAUUGAAGCUGAUAGAAAUGUUAAUGUUGAUCCAACCCCGACAGAGGUAAAUGAUAUGGUUAAAGAGAAGAAUGAUGAUUCUUUAUCAGAUUCUGUAGAUGACUCACAGGAUGAUACUGGAGUUGCUAUUGAGGGGAAAGAAGAAACUCAGUUGAUUGUUGCUGUGCAAGAUAAUUGUAUGAGUGCUGAGGGGCAAUCAGGAGAUGUUGAAGCUCAAGGAGCAGUUGAUAACAGCAUAUUGAUUCAUGCAGUAGAUGAUCAUGUGGAUUCUUCCAAGCAAGAACUUGAUGCAAGUAAUUCAUCUGCCAGUUUAGAACCUAGUGAUAAUACAAAUCCCACUUCUCAGGGUGGUGAGGAUUUAAAGGUCAAUGUAUCACCAUCAAGUCAGAGUCAUACUGGGGGCAUCCCAUAUAAGAAAUUGUCUGCAUCUGCAGCUCCAUUCAACCCAUCACCUGCCAUUGCACGUGCUGCACCAAUUGCCAUGAAUAUGACUCUUCCUUCUGGUCCUAGUGCAGUUCCUGCAAUUGGCCCCUGGCCAGUAAACAUGAAUGUUCAUCCUGGACCUACUACUGUGCUACCCACAGUUGCCCCAAUGUGCUCCUCUCCGCACCAUGCAUAUCCAUCACCUCCAGCGACACCAAACAUGAUGCAACCGCUGCCAUUUGUGUAUCCUCCUUUUACUCAGCCUCAAUCAGUAGCACCUAGCAACUAUCCUGUCACUAGCAGUGCCUUUCAUGCCAAUCAUUUUACAUAUUUGAACCCAACAAUAUCUAAGUUUGGUCCCAGUGCUGUUUGGCCUGGUUGUCAUCCUGUAGAAUUUCCUCUUCCAGUACCUAUUGUUGAACCAAUCCGUGAUCCCAUUUCAGAGUCACAAGUUCUGUGUCAUGGCUCUGAAAGUCCAAGUUCAGCUUCAGUUCUUCCUGAGGACAUUGACAGUAUUGGGGAUUCCAAUCAAGGGGUAAAAACUUUAUCAUCAGAGAUAAGUGAAGAUGAAGCAGUGAGAGCUGGUUCAGAAAAUAUAAAAGAAAAUGGUAAUAUGAAUUUUCACGGGUCUGAAAAUGCUGGGAACAAGCAAAAUCAAAACUUUGGUUCAAAUGGCAGCUCUAGCAGUAGUGAAACUAACAUGGAUGGUGAGAAAACCUUUAGCAUUUUGAUUCGGGGAAGAAGAAAUCGAAAGCAGACUCUGAGAAUGCCAAUAAGUUUGCUUACUCGACCUAAUGGCUCACAGUCAUUUAAGGUUAUUUAUAACCGUGUGGUUAGAGGAAGUCAUGCUACCAAGUCUAUGAAUUUGUCUUCUAGUAAAGAUUGUACAGCUACUGCAUAGUCCACAGUUCUUUGUUGUUACUAAUGAAAUGUUGCAGAAUAAUUGUGGGUAAAGAAGUUCUCAUAAUUUUGCACAACAGAGACCUGGUAUUUCCAUCAUUUCUGGAAUUGAAUUACAAAGUGCCCUGUUGUAUCAGCUCAAGUUUCAUAGCUGCACUAUCUUUUGGGAGGUUUCCGAUAUCUGUGUCUAUUUAAGAUGGAGGAUUGUAGGCUUUUCUUCAUUAAUAUAAGUUUCCUGUGCAGCAGCAUUCAUGCUAAUCUCUUGCUCAGUCUACAGGUUCAUCGCAGUCAGUUUCGGGGUUUCUGAGGUGCCUUCAAGGUGAAAAUUUUGGUUCCCAAUGUAGUUAGACAAUUUUGAUAUAAUGAAUUACGGGACUGAUGGAUCGUUCUAAUUAUUAUUUUUUUGUAACAACAUUAUCAAUGACUUUGAUAAUAAUUUUGUUCAAUUGCAUAAACUUUCUUAAUUUCUUAAUA